UCAUAAAACUUGAAUGCUCUUAAGUUGGUACUGUAUAGUAUCUUAAAAGGUAUUCGUUAAUUUUUGUGCUGGAUCAAUAUAGGAAGGCGCCAUUGUCGGCUAAUUUAAUUAUUAUUGAAACAGGUCGUCGUAUGAUGUAGGCUUUUUUCAAAGGGUAUAACGUCACACGUGUUUGAUAUACGUAGAAAGGUCUAAUUAUAUCAUUGUAUCCUUGGAAAGCAAUGUUUUUCUUGUGUAAGAUAAGAUUAUAAGGUUAUGAAGAUAAGAUUAUUGUGUUGUAAGAAUGUAAAUCAGUUCAAUAGUAAUGGAAUAUGUUAGCAUCGACUGUAAUGGAGUUUCUGUUUUCCAAAACUGUUUCUGGUGUUCUUGAUCGUAAACAAAAAGGUAAUACUGGAAUGUGAAAUCGUUAUCACAAAAAUAUUACAGAGAGCAUUGAGGAUUUGCCUCGUCCCCAGUCGCUUGCCAUUGCAAAAAUAGAGAUCAGUGGCUGUAUUGGAAGUUAUGUCUUCGAGUCAGGAGGAGAACGGACACAAUGACGACUGGACUGACACAACUUUACAGGAACUCGACAACGAAGAACGUUCACCUGUCGAGGAAUCAUUCUACGAAUCUUACAUCAUCCAAUCACGGACCGCUGUUGAUAAUCUGUAUGCUUCAAAUGUCUUGUCAUGCCAGAAGCACGUGAAAGAGGUGAGCGAUCUUGCGAGACAGAGAAAGGUGAAGCUGUCGGCGCUUGAGAGAGAACAGAAGAAACUUCUUAAAAGAAUGGAAAAUUUAAAGGAAAAACAAGAAACUCAGCGACGAUCAAAUGAAAGAUCUUCGAGCCCAAAGGUGGAGCUGACAGGCACUUCUGACAAAGUAAAUUUCACGGACCGUAGGCGUGGAUCGUUACCACCGCUGACAGCAGGCAGCAAGGACUCCACUUCAAAGAUGGUAACAAGUUCCGAUCGGUUAAGUGUAACCUCCAAUAUCCUUUCGAAAUCCUGUAAUGAUGUAUCGUCUCUGGAAGCACCAAGCCAAGGACCAACGUUAGUCUUGCCUGCAAUCAAACCCUCACGAUCCUAUGAAAACCUGUCUGGAUCCCCUUUUGUCACCCAUAUAUCAUCAAAAGUACGCAAAUAUCCACGAACCUCAAGGGGCCUUGCGAGCCGUGAAAAAAUCCAUCUCUUCGGAGAGCCAUGUGAUGCAAAAACAAACUGGGAUGACAAACAUUUCAAAGAUAAAAUUUCUACGAAAGUUAAGUGGGUUCCUAGAAAUUAAUGCCGUUGUGGUUGUAACAAUAAUGUUCCAACAUAUAAGACGUCGUGUUAUAUUUAACAUUUCUGGGGUAAAAAUUAAUUGUAUGCGUUGUCCUAAUUCA